GGAGCAACGUGCGACUGGGGACCUCGAAGGACCUCUCCGCUGGUCACGAGACAUGCCUGCGACGUUUUGGCGGCGACGAUAAUACGCACCAGGGUACCGCCGGCAAGUGCUCAGAUUACCACCGUACACGUUCGUGUUCCAAACAUCACUACCGGGUAUAGGAAUCACAGAACGAUCUCGAAGGAGCAGUUACGAAGACGUCUCUGGGGAAAGCGCGUUCAAAAGGCAGCCGAUGACUUUCGCCACGAGGUCCACUUCAGACACGCGGUACGUCGCAUAGAGAGUGUGAUACAGCAGUGAUAAAAACCCGCGAACAUUCCACCGACGCAGAGUACGAGAGACACAAAUUCGCGCGGGCAAGUGAGAACAGUGCAUUGUGAGACGCGAACUCGUGGCACGCACUUUCGGACGCAUGUGCACCGGCACGCGGUCGGUGCGCCCGACUUGACGGUGCAGCCCGGAACGACGCGACACCCCGUCAGUGGUGAGCGGACAUUCAUGCACCGCCACGGGCUACCGGCCGCUGGCGUAUCAGUGAUAACGAUUCAUGCACGAUCCUAAAGAAACGUGGCACCGCGCGCAUCCGCUUUGACGGAGAGACAACCGGUGGAGUCUCUCGCAGAGGCGCGAAGGGGUAAUCGAGGGGGCGACGAAGGUUCCUGCAAAGAGUGGCAACGCGAAGGAGGAAGCCUGUUGCCCCAAGAGAGUCCUUACGGCCUCACCACGCGGUCCGACGAGUGGAGCAGUCUCCUGCCCAGCUCCACGAUCGUGGGUGCUGGGGGGUCGCCAUGGCUCGGACUCGGCGCCGGGGGUGGUACCGGGGCCACCACGGGGGGUGGAAGCCCCGUCGAGCUCGAGGGGCACUGGGGACGUAAGCUGUACGGCGCGAGUGUGGCACCGCCGCCUCCGCCACCUCAUCAUCAUCCACGGGCACCGCUGGUUUUCGCGCCUCAAGAUAUGAGGCAAAUACUGAAGGAGGAACCUGUGCCACGUGCUUGGCCGCAGCCCGCUCUCACCGACAACGGAACGGUUGGCGUGGGCCGCGCGCACUUCGAGAAACAACCGCCGAGUAAUCUGAGGAAGAGCAAUUUUUUCCAUUUCGUAAUCGCCCUUUACGAUCGACAUGGCCAACCGAUCGAGAUUGAGAGGACGUCGUUCAUGGGCUUCGUCGAGAAGGAUCAGGAGUCCGAGGGCCAAAAAACGAACAACGGCAUUCAGUACAGUCUACAUCUACUCUACUCCAAUGGUGUCAGGCAGGUGCAAGAUAUCUACGUCAGACUUAUAGACUCCGCGACGAAACAAGCAAUCAUGUAUGAGGGGCAAGACAAGAAUCCGGAAAUGUGCCGCGUUCUGCUGACGCAUGAAGUCAUGUGCAGUCGAUGCUGCGACAAAAAGAGCUGCGGCAAUAGGAACGAAACGCCCAGCGAUCCCGUCAUCAUCGACCGAUUCUUCCUCAAGUUCUUUCUCAAGUGUAACCAAAAUUGCCUCAAGAACGCUGGCAAUCCACGCGACAUGAGACGUUUUCAGGUGGUCAUUUCUACACAAGUGGGAGUGGAGGGACCAUUACUUGCGGUCUCGGACAAUAUGUUCGUUCACAACAACAGCAAGCACGGGCGCAGAGCGAAACGUUUGGACCCCAGUGAUCCUGGCGAGUAUAAUAGUCUAUAUCCGCCAAUACCCCUACAAACGCCCUGUAUAAAAGCGAUAUCGCCUAAUGAAGGCUGGACAUCGGGUGGAUCUACGGUCAUAAUUAUCGGUGAAAACUUCUUCGACGGAUUGCAAGUCGUUUUCGGAUCGAUGUUAGUUUGGAGCGAGUUUAUCACUCCGCACGCGAUCAAAGUGCAAGCGCCGGCGCGGCAAAUACCAGGCGUCGUUGAAGUUACAUUACAUUACAAAAGCAAACAAUUUUGCAAAGGGCAACCUGGUAGAUUUGUUUAUGUCUCGGUAAACGAACCCACGAUCGACUACGGCUUCCAAAGGUUACAGAAACUCGUUCCGCGGCAUCCGGGUGACCCCGAAAAACUUCCGAAGGAAAUAGUACUGAAAAGGGCGGCGGACUUAGCGGAAGCCCUUUAUAGUAUGCCCAAAAGUGGAAACAUGGGGAUCGCGGGAGCACCGAGAAGUCCCGGUUCGGUGCACGCACCCGCACCUCCUACAUCUAGUUCGGCAGCGGCCUUUAAUUCGUAUACAGGGCAACUUGCAGUAACGGUGCAGGAAAAUGGUAGUGCGGCAAAAUGGACGGACGACGGUAGUUCCGUGACGACAGGAGCUGCUGCUGGCGGGGGAGGCAGCGGCGGCGGCGACGGCGGCGGUGGUGGCAGUGUCAGUGGUAACGUCGGCGGCAGCGCCGACGCCUACAGACAAAGUAGUAGUGCUAGUCCACGUGGCGUCGUAACCGGAGGUGGUUAUUGCGGUAGUUCGGCCAGUACGCCACAUAGUCACAGUACCAACGGAAGUUAUUCUGUCGCGAAUCCGUAUACCGGCAGUCCGACUCUCUACACCUCGCGACUAGGAGAGGUGGUCGGAUCACCCUUCAACAUGAACCCAUUUAUGUUGCCCACCUGCAGCCAAGGAUAUUCAGCCGCUGCCAGCCCGCUACUUUCGUCAAACGGCAAAUAGUGUUACGAGAUGUAAGCUCCGACAAAGAUGUAAUGAACUAUGGCUUUCGCAUAGACAUUGUACGAUCCAACGAAUUAACAUGCGCGUCCGGAUAAUUAUCCAAAUAAAUUAUCUAGAUAAUUAUCCGUUCGACAAUCGUACAUUGUUUUCGCGAAUUCGCUUUGCAUUACUUCAGUUGUGUCUUUCUUUCCCUUUUACUUCCUCUACAGUGAAAAGAGAAAGAAAGAGCUAUUGAGCUGUGCGUCAACAUUAUUUUCGUCGGAGUUAAAGUCAAUACGUUUGUAAGAAAUCAGGCAAAUCAGUGCAGAAAUCUAUGACAACUAUCUUGCACCGAUCAUCGAGGAUCGCUAGUUAAGAAACGAUACAUAUCGAACAACGAGAAGGUGUCUUUCUACGAAUACAGUAGCUCGGUUAAAUGGUUUGAAUGUUAGAAAAUGUACGUGAAAAAUAAGGUCUCCUUUCGUUCACAACAAUUGUAAUGAUUUAUAGUUAAUAUAAUGAUUUAUAGUAAAUAUCAUAAAUGAUAAUUUUGACGAUCUAUCUAUCAUUAUAAUUACCACGAUAAUAAUACCUGCUGUAUUUGACAAAGAACGUCUGAUAUAAAAUAUCUUCAAUCUGAAUUUUAAACAAAGUGGUUUUAAUGAAUUGGAAUUUGUGAACCGAGCGAGAAAACUGAGAUGGCAUAGAAUGUUUUAUAUCAUUAAAGAGACAAGGGUCGAAAGAAACUGACACCACUCGACAGACAUAUCGCUUAUCAGUGAAUAACAGAUACCAUAGUUUUAGAGAGCAUUUUCGACUUCGAAAUUUUAACUUCCUACCCGUACGAUUAAUGACUAAACAAUAUCGCCUAGUUAGCGUAACGUGUAACUUGUAAUUUGUAAAAUAUCUGUAAAUAUUGUUGCAAUGUACAAAAAGAAAACUAUUUCCAGGAAUCCAACGAAAUGACAUUAACGUCAUUCUAGAGUGAAAAUUAUAUACAUAGAUGUAAAUAAUCGUAGAGCGUCCGUAGCGCAUCCGUAUUAUCGUAUCAGCGCCAUCCAAUUUUUUAACGUAAUCUCGAUCGGGAAUGCACGAGUUUACGUUUUCCCUAUCUAUUUCGUGGACAAGCAAUUGAAUUUUUUGCGAAUCCGUUCCAUUCUUCGCUUAAGACGAAAGCUAAAUAAAUAACCAGUCACGAAAGCAAAAGUAGGCAGAUGAAAACGUUAAAAAAUUGGAUCGCACGCGAUCUGUAUAAAAACGUAUAUAGUUGAUUUGGAUCGUUUGAUAAGCCGGCCCGAAACAAAUCUCAUACAACUCACGAAAGUAUACGAAGCAUAUACCAGAUUGAAAUCCCAGUUAGUCCAAAAAGUUUUGCAGCAGUUUACGAACGUAGAUCGUAUCGUUUCGUCAAAACGGAAAUAUCGUUAAAAGUUAUUAUUAUAAAGAGUUCCUUUUUGCAUAUCGACUUGGUAUGUACUUUUCUUCUAGAAAGUGCAUUCUUUGUCCCGGAGCCGAGCGCUCUGUGAUCUUGUGAUGUUGAUUAUAUAUAUAUAUAUAUGUAUAUCGAUUGUAACUUUUUGGUUCAAUCACGUCACGUCAUCUUUUAUGAGACGCGUUGUUCUUGUACGCACGCGAAGACACAACACGCAUACUCGCGCGUAUGAACACUCGUCAAUGUAUAUUGAAAUAAAUUAAACUUAC